AUGAAUAGACUCGGACUACUAUACCCCAGUGAGCUUGAUGGAGAUGCCAAAUCCCUGUAUGACGAGUUGUAUGCAUACACGACCACUAAAUAUGGAACCGGAAAGGGAAUCUAUAUAACAAAAGACGGCCGCUUUGUCGGUCCAUUCGGAGCACAUCUCCAUAUCCCCAUUGUUGGCAAACAAUUCCUCGGCAUGGCCAAGGCAGUCUCUCAACUACCAGGCCUUGCUCCAAAACACCGCGAGAUCGCGGUUCUCGUGACCGGCGCCAAAUUCAAAGCUGCAUAUGAGCUAUAUGGGCACAGACUCCUCGCUCUCGACCGGGGAUUAGUGGAAGAAGAGUUUCACGCCAUUUUGCGCGGGGAAUGCCCCGCAACGUUCACAGAUGAUGAAAAGUCCGUGUAUGCGCUGGCAGAUGAGCUUGUCGGCAAGGCCGGUCCACUUUCUCAGGAGAAAUGGGAUGCUGUAGCAAACCCGAUUGGCAAGGAUACUGCCGCUGGGCUGGUGCAGGUUGUUGCGUUUUAUAGUUAUGUUUCUACGAUUCUCAAUGGGUUUGACUGCAAGGUUCCGGAUGAGGAUGAUUAG